CAGCGAGUUUAUCUGAACCCAGACUUGUUGUAGUUGUAAGAUUAUCUUUGUUGUAUUGUGUUGUAUUCGGUCACAUUCCUGCUAGUUAGCGUUAGCUUGAGUUAGCUGUUAUCACCGUUGGGUUAGCUUAGCAGUCCCGAACGCCAAGCUAGCUAGUUAGUUAGCUAGCCCGUAAACGUGCCCCCCCCCCCCGCGGCAUGGGCACCUCUUCCUCGGCUCUGCGGCGAAGCUUUCACCGGAACAAUUCACCUCGACAGAGAUGGAGAUACCCCUUCGAUUCACUUUAACACACCGGGGACAUGCUCCACUUUCCACCGGCAGCGUUAGAGCCGUGAACAGCAGCUUUGCUCCGCUCGGCAGCCGGACACUCGUAAAGCAACGUCAGCAGUCGGCACCGCAGCUGUUAGCUGUCGCCUCAACGUGAUCCACUGUUUGACAACAGAGUCCGACGUGUUGUGGCUGAGUCCUUCACCUAUUGUGUCUCUUCAGGGGAAUUCAUUUUAAAAUCUUAAGCAUUGUAUUCACCCGUGAAACUCAGUUAUCGUUAAACGCACUUCUCGUGGAGCUGAGCCCGGAACACUGAUGCACUUGUUUUGUUCGUCGUGAUGAGAGACGUAGAAAAGUUUGUUUACUACGAGACUGGCGGCAGUUAUACCUGAAGACAUCAUAACUAUAUUUAAAUGUAUAAUAACAAGCAUCUUACUUAGAUGAUCAAACUUAUGGUUAUAUUAUGAUAGGUUCUUUUCAUAUUUAUAAAGUAAGGUUUUCUUAUUCCGCUCCAAACUAACGUUAUGACUGAAUUGAAUCUAUACAUGGAGACUUUAACCUUUGGACAAAGAAACUUUUAGUGCUUCAAACAUGGACCAAGACAACAACUCAGAGGAUGAGUCAAUCUGCCCAUCAGAAGACGAACUGCCGUGUAUACCUCCAGAGCUCUCUGAUGGUGAGGCAGUGGAGCUGCUUUGGCAGAUGCGAGCUCAGCGUCGCCAGUCGUCUCCUGAGCUCCCAGAGACUGUGACGCUUCUCACUGCCCCCGAUGGCAGCCUCCUGUACCUGGUGGGCACGGCACACUUCAGUGACAGCAGCAAAAAGGACGUGGCAAUGAUGAUUCGUGCCGUGCAGCCGGACGUGGUGGUGGUGGAGCUGUGUCAGUACAGAGUGUCGAUGUUGAAGAUGGAUGAGAGUACACUGCUGAGGGAAGCCAAAGACAUCAACCUGGAUAAGGUUCAGCAGGCCAUCAAACAGAAUGGGCUGAUGUCUGGCCUGAUGCAGAUUCUCCUGCUCAAAGUUUCCGCUCACAUCACAGAGCAGCUGGGCAUGGCUCCUGGAGGAGAGUUUAGAGAGGCCUUCAAGGAGGCUGGACAGGUGCCCUUCUGUAAAUUUCACCUGGGGGACAGGCCGAUCCCUGUGACCUUCAAAAGGGCUAUUGCUGCCCUCAGUCUGUGGCAGAAGGCUCGUCUGGCCUGGGGUCUUUGCUUUCUGUCAGAUCCAAUCAGUAAAGAGGACGUAGAGAAGUGCAAACAGAAAGACCUGCUGGAGCAGACCAUGUCGGAGAUGAUCGGCGAGUUUCCUGCUCUCCAUCAGACCAUCGUGGCUGAAAGAGACAUCUACCUCACUCACACUCUCCGUCAGGCUACACGCUGUGUGGAGGCUCCCUCUAAUGCCCAGAAAGUGCCUGCUGUGGUGGUGGGAGUCGUUGGGAUGGGUCACGUUCCUGGCAUCGAAAGAAACUGGGAGAAGCAGCUUAACAUUAGUGAAAUCAUGAGUGUUGCGCCUCCCUCGCGUUUUGGCUGGGUGUUGCGCACAGUCAUGAAGGGCGUCGUGAUGGGAAUGCUGGGAUAUGCCUGUUACCGUGCUGGAGGGAGUAUAGGUCGAGCCUUACUGUCUUUACCCACUGUCCAAUCAGCUCUGGAGAUUCUACAGCCGCCGCCUGCUUGACCUCUCCAAGCGCAUCAUUGACACGACCUCUGAUUUAUGAAAAAGAUGCAUCUAUCACCAGUGGCCUUAACAAAAGGAGGUGAGGCUGGAGGAAUAGAGUUCACCAGCCCACACUAUGAGCUACCGAGGACCUCAGGGGGGUUUAGAGCCUUCCGUCUUGUAUUGAUGUCCCUGUCAACACUGCAGGGCCGUACUGCCAAAGAAACCAUGACAGUACUCUUUUUUUUAAAUUUUUUUUUUUUAUUAUAUUUCGUGCAAAUCCUGCAUUUUGUAUUGUUUACAAAUGUCAAAAAUUCCUUUUCAAUAGAUUUCUAUUUACCCCAGAAUUCCUCUGAAUGACUUACACACAGAGAUAUGAUUGGACAAGUACCAUCAGAAACAGCUUCAGUCACCUGCCCUGAUAUGACGAUUCACUUUCUGAGUGGAACACUUUUCUAUCGCUCUCUCCUUACUCCUCUCUCCUUUACUGUGCCAGCCAGGAUUUUUGGGAUAUUGGCACAUUUCAAGUUGAGCACUUUAAAAGAGACUGGUGGAGUAUUUUACUGGACAUGCAGCCUAUGGAAAGGACAAGAAAGCAAAAUAGCAAGUCAUUUAGAACUGGAAUAAAUAAAAUGGAGAAAUAUAAUUGAGGAAAGUUUUUUUUUUUAAACCUUCCGUUUUAAUAGUUGGUGCCUAGAGCAACUCAAGGUUAAUGUCAACAAGUGUCUGACUUGGCGGGUUGACUAUCAUUUCCUUAAUUGUUGAAUAUUCCACAAAACUCUCAUACAGGAUUAGCAUGAAAUGAUUCCUUAUGUGCAUGGCCCUGCCUACAUCAACAGACAAGUGCCUCAUACCGCAGCUGUAAGGGCUAAUGGUUAACUUCAAGGAAUGGCAAAAAUGUGUGUUAUGCAUCUCACAGAUUAUACAAGCAAAUGGUUAAUGCAACUUUGUUUGUAACAAUCUGUCCUUUUAUUGAUUUAAGAUAAAGUAGACAAACUUUAUAGAUACUGUCGCCCUUAAUACAGACAUCUGUCUACAUUUUGUCGUCUUAGUUUCAGCAGAAAUGUUACCAUGGCUCCUACAUUUUAUAUUCUACAGAAACCUGAAGGAGGAGAAGCUUAAAUGUGCCUCAGAAUGAGAAAUUCAUAAAAAAUGUUAUUUGUAUAAUAUAAUUGUACUUCCAGUGUUCGGCACCAUCAUCUUUAGGCUUUUUCUGGUUGCACCUAUUAGUAAAGGUUUCAUACUUGACACAGAAAUAUGCAUCAUAGGCAGAAAGCUUUGUCUGAAAACCUUCCCAUGAGGACAUCUGACAUUCAGCACACCAGCUGUUUGUACUUUUAUGAUAUAUGCAUUAUCUCUUCCUGGUAUGAUUGUAAAAAGGGGAACAAGGAUUGGUUGAUCUAGCAGACAAUUCAAAAGUUAUAUUGAUUGUCAUGAUUUCCCAUUGAGGGAAAUUAUUUGUGGACUUGUUUUGAGCAUUAUGAAGAGAACUGAGAGUUGAGGUUGGUCAGAGUUGAGAGGUCAAGCCUUACACUGCUAUCACUGCUGCCUUUGACCCUGUUUUACCCAGUGACCUGUAUCCACAGUACAGAGUCUCUUAUUGCACAUAUAAAAACUGGAUGGAUAACAUCCCUGGAACUUAUAAAUUCAACAGUCUGAAUAAGACAAUAACAUGGUUGCAAGGUUAUAUACCAACAUCGAUUUCCUUAGUUUUCCAUAACUUAAUUUAAAGUAAUUUUUUGUACAGUGCAUUAUCUAGAUGUAUUUACAAGAUUUAUGAAAUGACCCAGUGCAUUUAUACAGGACUUGAAUAACUGAAGCAGUGUCAUUUUAUCUUACAUCAUGAGACCACUUGUAAACUAUCCAAACAUUAAACUAAUUCCGAUAAUGUCUUCCAACUCAUGAAUUAGAUUAAUUCAUGUAUAAGCAUCGUGAGAAUGUGGAGGACAGAUGUCCCACUCAGCAGUAUAAUGCAGUCAGAUUAAAACAUUGUCCCCCUGCCAUAGAACUCUGAAUGUUUAAUCUAUACUGUAACUUUGAGAAUUGCCAAGAAAACUGUAUGAAUGCCUAUUAUUUGUUGCAAAGUUUGUUUCCCUGUAUCCUUGUGUCGUAUUGUCGUUGUUGAAAACCCCAACAUUGAAUUCUGAAUAAUGUCAUGAAUUAUGAAAGCAUUUUAAGUAAAGAUAUAACUAUAUUUGCCUCAAA